GGCCGGGGCCCUUCCCGGCGCUGAGGCGGCGGCUUCCCCGCAGGCAGCACGCCGCUGGGCUGCUACAGGAAGCUGGUGGAGUACUGCCGGAACGGGGACCUCUCCUUCCAGUACGUGAAAACCUUCAACAUGGACGAGUACGUGGGUCUCCCAAGGGAUCACCCAGAAAGUUACCAUUCCUUCAUGUGGAAUAACUUCUUCAAGCACAUUGACAUCCUGGCAGAAAACGUUCACAUUUUGGAUGGGAACGCACCUGAUCUGCAGGCAGAGUGUGAAGCGUUUGAGGAUAAAAUCAAAGCAGCUGGAGGAAUUGAACUCUUUGUUGGAGGUAUUGGCCCAGACGGUCACAUUGCCUUCAACGAGCCUGGAUCAAGCCUGGUAUCCAGGACGCGAGUGAAGACCUUGGCUAUGGACACUAUAUUGGCUAAUGCCAGGUUCUUUGAUGGUGACCUCUCCAAAGUCCCCACAAUGGCUCUGACGGUUGGAGUAGGCACUGUCAUGGAUGCCAGAGAGGUGAUGAUUCUUAUCACGGGAGCCCACAAAGCCUUCGCUUUGUACAAGGCCAUCGAAGAAGGCAUCAACCACAUGUGGACAGUAUCUGCUUUCCAGCAACACCCCAACACUGUCUUCGUGUGCGAUGAGGAUGCCACGCUGGAACUCAAAGUUAAGACAGUGAAAUACUUCAAAGGUUUAAUGCUGGUUCACAACAAGCUCGUGGAACCCUUAUACAGCAUGAAGGAGACGGGAGCAGAAAGAGGCCAGUCUAAAAAGCCAUACAGCGACUGAUCUGGCUGUUCAGAGUCAUGCUGAUCCAGCUUUUCCAUUGAAAACCAGCUGUGGAAAAAAAAAAAGCGAAUUACUGCAGAAACUCAUCUCAGCUUUGUUUUUAAAUUAGCAAA